CAGAAAUAUGGAACUUAUGAUCAUCAGUCUUUGGAAAUUACAUUAUAAUAUGUCAUGUUUUAAACUAGAAAGACUCACGUUCAAUGGAUUUAAUAUGAUAGUGAAUUCUUCAUCUUCAUGAAUUUCACCUGUUCUAUGUGUUUUAAAGGUGAUUCAGAAAAAGAUAGUCAAAAAGAAGCCAGAAAAAAAGUUGACAAAAUAUCACAAAAGAUAGAUAGACAAAUAUCAAUAUAUAAAAAGAUGGAAGUAAAUUGUAUAAAGCUACUGUUACUGGGUACUGGAGAAUCAGGAAAAUCUACACUAUUAAAACAAAUGAAAAUUAUUCACAUCAAUGGCUUUAGUAAUAAGGAAAGGCUAGAUUAUAUUCCAAUCAUUAAACAGAAUAUAAGAGAUGUAAUACUGUCAAUUCUUGGAGGCAUGAAAACAUUACAACUUGAAUUUAUUCAAACUCGAACUGCUGAUUUAGCUAAAAAUCUUAUAGACAAUUCUUUGGCUGAAGAUUAUACUUAUCCUGAUACCUUUUUUGAUGAGGUGGAUGAAAUAUGGCAUGAUCCAGGAGUUCAGAGAGCUUAUACAAGAUCUACAGAAUUUCAUUUAUUUGACUCAGCCACUUAUUUUAUGCGACGUUUUGAUGCUAUCAGAAGACCAGACUAUGUACCAACAGAUCAGGAUAUUUUGAGGUGUCGUAAAAUGACUGAUAAUAUUAAUGAAUUACAGUUUGAUAUUCCAACAGGUCGAAAAUCAUCAGUUCGAUUUCGCAUAGUUGAUGUUAGUGGACAACGAGGUGAACGAAAAAAAUGGAUUCAAUUUUUUGAUAAUGUCACUGCAAUUCUAUACCUUGUCGAUUGUAGUGGUUUCGAUAAAACACUUCUUGAAGAUCAUCGACAGAAUCGAUUAAUUGAUUCAUUAGAAGUAUUCGAACAAGCAUGGAAUAAUAAAUAUUUACGAAAAGUUCCUAUGAUUGUCUUCUUGAAUAAGAUUGAUCUUUUAGAAGAAAAAAUAUGUAAUGGUCAUAGAAUAGAUCAUAUACAUAAUUUAGCUGAAGCAUGGCUUCAAUCUGCAAAAUGUUCAAGGCAUAAAACAUUCUAUGUGAAUCGAUCAAAAAAGAAUAGUUCAACUCAAAAAAUUUCACAAUUAUUGAAAACUGAUUGUAAUACACCAUUUGAAAGACAAAGUAUGACAUCAAAUCUUAUGCAGUGUUCGAAAUUAUUUCCUUCAGCAUCCUUUGAAUAUAAUCAAGUCAAUAGAAAAUUGAGUAAUACAUUAGGAGGAGAUUCAUCAACAACUGACCCCUCAUUAAAUAAUCAUAAUAAUAAUAAUAAUAUUAACGAUAAUGAUAAUGAUAAUAAUAAUAAUAUUAAUAAUACAUGGACUGAUCAAUCACAAAUCAAUAAACGAUUUAGUAGUACAAUAUCAUUACAUUCAUCAUUCCGAUUGAAUAAUUGCCCUGAAUAUUGUUGUUCAGUAAUAUCGAUUCCAUGUAAACAACCAUCAAGUGGUUUGAGUAGUCGUUUAUCAUGUACUACACUUAUUGCACGUCUAGUCGCUGAAUCACCAUAUCACAAUUUUAAACCAACUGCUCAACAAAGAACGGAAUUUUUAACAUGUCUUCUACCAACUACCAAACCACUUAAAUAUCACCUUGACAACAUUACCAGUUAUCGUAAAAAAGGUAAUAGUACUGAUAUUGGAGUUGAAGAUGAAAUUUCUAAAAUAUUCCCACAACAACCUAAAUUUAUUAUUAAACAUCCUGAAACAGUUAGAACUGCAUGUUAUAUUAGGCAUUUAUUUGAGGAGCUGACAAAACGUGGUACAACAUCAUUUUGUGAUAAACGAAUAUGCUUAUUUUAUUAUACAUGUGCUGUAAACACUAACACAAUGCAUCAUAUCUUACAAGGUUGUCACAGGUUUCUUAUUCAUGAUCAUCUUGAACGAUAUGGACUUCUAUAAGAUCAGUCCUUUUUGUUUGUUUGUUUGUUUGUUAUUUCUGUUUUCCAAUAUGAAUUGUUGACCUUGUCCUCUUCAAUGUUUCCUUUUCUCAUUAUAUUUAUAUAUUUACAUUUUAUAAACUGAUGUUAUUUGUAAUUAUCUUCAACAGGAUUUUUAAUGCAAAUAGUCCAAUCUAAAUUUAAUUCAUCUUCUUGUAAAAAUGUAUGAUAUUAUGAUCAGUAUAACGUUGAUUGAUAGAGUUAACGUGUUGGAUAACCUGUAAUCUCUUAAUUUUACUUGAGCAUUAAAUAUAC